AUGUGGAAGGAGAAGGGGGGUUUAUGGGUGAGAAGGUUGACGGAGUUUAAUGAUGCUUUAUUGGGGAAAUGGUAUUGGAGGGUGUUGGAAGCGAGAGGAAGUCUUUGGAUCAGACAAGGGGAUGAGUUGAUUGAUAACGGGUGGCUGAUCGAUAAUAUUGAGAGAUCGGUAGGCAACAAGGUAGACUCUCUUUUUAAGAGGGAUCCUGGGUUGGAGGGAGGUGUGCUGAUGAAUAGAUUCCAAAGGCUUUAUAAGCUAUCUGAGUAUAAGGGUGCUUCCGUAGCGGAGAUAUUUUCCUUAGGGUGGGGGCCGGAUGAAGAGGCUUGGAGAUGGCGUAGGAGGUUGUGUGCGUGGGAGGAAGAGUUGGUUGGGGAGUGUAUUAGGUUGAUGGAUUCUUUUGUUUUGCAGGACGAGAAAAAUCAAGAGAAAAAACUUCAAAUACUACAAGGGUUUUGA